AUGCUUUGUUGUCUUUCAUUAAAAUCAAAAUUUUACUUCCUUUUACUCACAACUUUUUCAAUAAUAAUCCAAAUAAAAAGCCAACAACCCGAAUUAAUUGAGGGAUUAGAACAACCUCGACAACCAAUUAAAAAUACUUUGGGCGGUCUUUAUUCAGGCAAUAUAACUUUAUUUUUUAGAAAUUCUCCUUAUCGGUAG